ACACCAUGGUGGGAAUGCAUGGAGUUUCGUGUGGUUGUGCGAUUCCGUAGCAUCCAUGAAGUGAACAUCGAGUGUCCACGAGUGUCGGUCGAGUCCUGGUCGAGUCGAUGAACGUGGUGAUCAUGCUGCAGCAAGGCCGCAGCCUAAGUUGAGGAUCUAGUUGCCUAGCAUCGCUAAGUGAGCUGUAGGACUGAGUGUAGCACGUGCUGUGACACAGCAGUUGAAAAAAAUUAUAAUAAGGCUGCCAAAUAAAUUGGCAAAAUGGGACAGAAAAAGAAAGUUGGAAAGCAGCGGAAAGAUAAAUUUUAUCGUUUAGCAAAAGAAACAGGUUACCGAUCUCGUGCGGCUUUCAAAUUGGUACAGCUAAACCGCAGGUUUGAGUUUCUUCAAAAGUCUCGCGUGUGCGUCGAUUUGUGUGCCGCCCCAGGAGGAUGGAUGCAAGUGGCGAAAGAGACCAUGCCUGUCUCUAGUCUCGUAAUUGGAAUUGAUUUGUUCCCCAUUAAACCUGUAUUCGGGUGUGUCAGCUUGCAGGAGGAUAUUACAACAGAUAAGUGCCGGGUGUCACUUCAAAAAGCUUUGCAGACAUGGAAAGCUGAUGUUUUCUUACAUGAUGGUGCUCCUAAUGUUGGUAAAAACUGGCUUCAUGAUGCCUAUCAGCAGGCUACACUGACUCUAAGUGCUUUGAAACUUGCUACUCACUUCCUUCGGCCUGGUGGGUGGUUCGUCACAAAAGUAUUCCGAUCCAGGGAUUACAAUCCACUAUUGUGGGUGUUCAAGCAGCUGUUUAAGAAGGUUCAUUCAACAAAACCCCAAGCAUCACGCUCUGAAUCUGCCGAAAUUUUUGUGGUGUGCCAGCAUUACCUUGCACCUGAUAAAUUAGAUGCUCGCUUCCUUGACCCUAAACAUGUUUUCGAAGAGCUUCAGAUGGAACCAACAGCUCGUAUUAAUGUUUACCAUCCAGAGAAAGAAAAGAAAGGAAAGGCAGAAGGUUAUGCCGAUAAUGAUGCAUUUUACUACAAGAUGCCUGCAUCAGAGUUUUUGGCUGCAAAGGAUGCUGUAACUGCUCUUCAACAAGCUACAGAAAUUGUAUUUGAUGAUGAAACUAUAGCAAAUGACCCAAGGACUACAGCUGAGGUGAAGGAAUGCUGUAAAGAUAUAAGAGUACUUGGUCGCAAAGAUAUUCGAAAUAUCUUGUCAUGGUGGAAGACCAUGAAAGAUAAACGUGAUAAAGGAGAAGAUGCAAUAAUGUCUGAGAAAGCUGAUUUAAUACCUAAGGAAAUGGGAUUGAAGCAAAGAGAAGAGAGUGAAGAUCAAGAUGAAGAUGAAGUUGAAGCUGAAAAUCUGGAAGUGCAGGUGGCAACAAUGGAACUGGAGCAGAGGCAAGAAGCACGCCGUCAACGCAAACAGGCCAACAAAUUACGCCGCAAACUUCAGACACGAAUGGAUCUAAAAAUGGUGCUGAAAGGUGAUGAGGGUCCAGAAGUGGAACAGUUGGACCUCUUUUCCUUGAGACAGAUUCCUGGAGGACAGGCUCUGGCCAAAAUUGUGGAGCAAACUCCUGAUGUUGUGGCAGAGUCAGACCAAGACUCAGACGAAGAGAAAGAGCCCCGUGUAGUGAGUUAUGACAAAGAUGGCCCAUCUCACCUCCAUACAUCAGGGACACAUUACACAGAAGAAGAGAGUGAGCCAGAAGAAGAAAAGGAUAACUUGGAAGAUACUAUAAAUUUAAAGGAAGGUCUUGAUUUAGGUAAUGAGGAUAGUGAGGAGGAAGAAGAUGCAAUAGUUCCAUCCCAAAAGCCCUUGCCCUCAAAUCCCCUUUUAACAGAUCUGGACCCUCGGGAUAAGCAGGAAAAACGGAUACAGAAAGCGGCCAUGUGGUUUGAAAAGGACAUUUUCAAAGAUAUAGAAAUGGAUGAAGAUGCUGAUUUAGAGCUGGAGGAAAUGGAGAAGAAACUCAAGAAGACAAAUGAAGGAGGGCAACCAAAUGUUGCUGGCGAAGGGAAUGAUGAAGAAAGUGAUUAUGAAAUAGAGCAGGAGUUUAAAUGGCAUUCUGAUAUAAAAAAAUCAAAAAGGAAAAGAGAAAGAGGCAAUGGUAGUGGCAGUGAUGACGAUGAUGAUGAUGAUGAUGAUGAUAAACGUCAUAAGAAGAAGAAAAAGAAAGAAAAUAAAUUAAAUAAUACUGCAAAAGAUGGAUUUGAAGUAGUUGCUCAAGAAAAAAAAGCUGUUAAAAAACCCAAUGGUUUCAAAAUGGAUGCUGAAUCAUUAGCAAUGGGUGCAUUAAUGGUUUCAUCUAGACGUACUAAAAGAGAUAUAAUAGACGCUGGCUGGAACAGAUAUGCUUUUAAUGAUGAUCAUCUACCUGAAUGGUUUACUGAAGAUGAGAAAAGGCACAUGCGGAAAGUAUCUACAGUGCCUGAGGGACUAGUAAAAGAAUAUCGCAAGCAACAAGAAGAAUUAAAUGUACGACCUAUCAAAAAAGUAAUAGAGGCGAAAGCACGUAAGAAGAAACGUGCUGUCAAGAAAUUAGAGAAGGCAAAGAAGAAAGUGGAAAACAUCAUGGAGAAUGUUGACAUGUCUGAACGUGAAAAAGCACGUCAAAUCAGACAGUUGUAUAAGAAUGCCAAUUCUACUAAAAAGCCUGAAAUAAAAUACGUUGUUGCUAAGAAACAUAUGGCAGGAAAACGUGCUGCUCGGCCAGCAGGUUUGAAAGGACCAUACAAAAUGGUUGAUCCACGCAUGAAGAAGGAUGAUCGGAAAAGAAAAUUGGCAGACAAGAAGAAGGGAAAAGGUAGAGGUGCUAGGGGAAUUAAUAAGAAGCACAAAAAGUCUGCACCUAGUUUUCAACAGAAUCCACAAGGGAAGAAAGGGAAAAAACGAUGAUCAUUUUCAUGCAUAUGUAAAUAGUUACAUACUAAAAUUUCUUUCUCCCAACAUUCUAUAUAUUUGUUUCAUAAUAAAUUAUUUUUUAAAAAUACAAGUUUGUGUUUUUUCGUUCUGUAUGUAGCUAGCCCCUGGUAUUAACCAAAGGUAUUUCAUCACCAGUGAUUACUGUAAUUAAUUUAUAAUUAUAAGUUAAUAAUUAUUUUAUAAUAGUUUAAAUAGUUUAUAAUUACAUAUUUGUUCUGGAGUUACAAUUAAACUUUGGUCAUAUUUUUAUGACGUAUGCAUUUUUAAGUGAUUAAAAACCUAUUAUCAUCUACAUUUUUUCCAUA